AUGGCAGGUGCGGGAUCCACUUCGGUGGAGAAGCAUCAUGGUCAGGCACCCCAGGGAUCGAUUGCACCCAUUCCCAGACAUGUCAAACGAGCAUACAAACGAGCAUGCGGCAGGGCUGCUAGAUCCACCAUAGGGGGCACUUGGUAUAGGGGACAAUGGCACAGCAUACGCACGCUGGGACAGCUUGCUUCACCUGCCUCCCCUAAUCAUACUAGGCCCACCUCGAGGACCCGGCAGAUCCCUAACCAUCGUCCGAAUAAAGACAGCCUCAACCUGCUAUCGUGGAACGCCGGAGGCCUGUCGUCUCACGUAUAUCAAGAACUCCUCGCUUGGAUCGAUCAACAAAACUGCUACCAGAUCAUCAUCAUCCAAGAAUCACAUUGGACUUGUGAAUCUGAUUUUACAUCAGGGCCUUGGCUCUGUAUGCACUCCUCAGGAUACGCAUGUUCGCCCCCGGACAGGUCCAGUGGCAUUUUGGUGAUGCUCUCCAAGAAAUACUUCGAGGAUCCAGCAGUGCACGAGCCGAUUCCAGGCAGGGUCCUUCAGGUUCGAGCGACUGUAAAAACGAGCCAGCUUCCGAUCACAAUAGUGGGGAUCUACCAACAUGUCUGGCGGACUCACUUGUCUACGAUACAGAAUCUUGAGCUGCGCAGGGGAGUCUGGCACGCUAUUUCCACGAUCGUGCAGCAAACCCCACAACGCCAUCACCUCCUAAUCGCUGGUGACUUUAAUGCCAACCUCACCCCACAACACCCCCACGUAGGUGGUGCAGCUACCCGAUCCCCGGCGGCCAACCACUCGCCGGAGCUGCAGCAGCUGCUUGCAGAAGGCAACCUCUGCGCCCUGAACACUUGGCACACACCUCAUCGUGAUACGUAUGUAACCCCGACCCACAAUAGUCAAAUAGACUUCGUUGUGGUUCGUUGUGCCGAAGCUAAGGGUAAGGCAAAGCACUGUACACCCCUCGUGCGGUUUCCUGUUGCGGGCUGGCGGCAGGCUGGCCACCGCCCGCUUCAUGCUGAGCUGUGGCUGCGACCCUUUCGCAGGCAAGAACCAGCACACCUGCCCGCCCAACAUCGCUGCCAGUUAGAUGUUCUGCAGCAGGCAGUGGCAGACCAGACUGAACCUGCACAAGCUAUGCAGACUCAUGUUGAGGCUCGCGUGCAGCAGCUGCUGCAGCAGUCCUCUCCCAAUGCCUCCUGCCUUCAGGCCAGUCUGAAUCAGAUCUUGUGGGAUGCAGCUGAGAAAUUCUUUCCGGUUCAGCCUAAACCGGAUAAUCGCAUAAGCAAUAAUCCGCAAUAUAAAGCCUCUGCCCGGCAGACAUGGGCCCUGUAUGCCAGACUCAAGUCAGCGUCGGUGGUCACCUUCUCUCACAUUUGGCGAAAAUGGCGCUUGCUAGUGCAGUUUCGAAAGGCCUCUCGGGCUCUUCGACAACAAAGCAAGGACCUCAAGCGAGCCUUCUAUGAACAGCAAAUUCAAGAGGCAGAAGAGGCUGCAGCCCGCCAUGACCAGAGAACCCUGUAUCAGAUUGUCAAACGAAUGGCGCCGAAGUCCUACAAGACUGCCUCUCGCCUGCUAGGCCCCGAUGGUCGCUUGAUGACGCCUUCUGGCGAACUGCAGGCCAUCCUCCAGCAUGGCAAGCAAACCUUUGCAGCCCUAAUAGAUGUAGAACACCCACUUGAGCCAGACGAGCCUCUUCACAUUCCUGAACAGAGCCUGCAAGAUGAACUUCGAGCCCUGAAAUUACGAAAAGCGGUACCGGCUCAUAUUGCACCGGCGGCCGUCUGGAAGCAGUGCCAUGCCUGUCUCGGCAGUUGCCUUGCCAGCGCUCUUAACGACCACUUUGCUCUGCCAGCUCAGCAGCCUCUGCAACAUGACUGGAAAGACUGCUACAUCAAGUGGCUCCCGAAGCCGAACAAACCACCGGUUUCUGUUGAAGCUCUUCGUCCAAUCGGACUCCAAUGUCCAACGACCAAAGCACUCGCAGGUGCCCUUCGUGAGCGGCUACUACAAGUACUUCAUCCAGCCUUGGCCUCGCUUCCCCAAUUUGCCUACAUCAAGCAAAGAGGCACACAGGAGGCCCUCCUUAGGGUUCACAUGCACUUCCAUCAGGUUGCUAGUAUUCUGAAAGACAACAUUGUGGAUCGAUUCCAGCAAAAGGCAGGCAAGAAGGCUGCCAAGUGCAUUGGAGCAAUGAGCCUGUCGCUAGACCUUUCGCGUGCAUUUGACAGUGCGAGCCGACCUGAAGUGUACCAAACCAUGCUCCAUCAUGGGGUGCCCAAGGAGGUAGUAAAUGCCGUGCAGCAGCUUCACCUGCAUGCCCUUUACAAAUAUCAGGUAGGCCAGAACAGCUACGGAGCUACGAGCACAACCAAUGGCGUGAAACAGGGCUGCAAAAUAGCACCUUAUCUCUGGUGCUUUCUAACCCUGCGGUUCAUGGAGCUCCUUAUGCAGUCCAGGAGUGAGCAAUGGCUAGCUCACAUCAUGACAAUCUUUGCGGAUGAUGUGUGGUCGAACUGGAUUAUACGUAGCCUGACUGACUUCAAACGAGCGAAAGCUGAUCUUGAACUGAUUCUUACCAUCCUUGAAUCUCUUCAUCUUACUGUAAAUUUUACAAAAACAGCCAUCCUACUUGUUUUAGAAGGCAAAGAUGCUGCAAAAAUUCUUCGCGACCACACUGUCACCAAGGCCGGUCAACAUCUUCUCCGACUCACUGUGUCAGGCCGCGACUGCACUCUUCCAAUAAAGGCACAACAUGAAUACUUGGGGUCGAUUGUCUCCUAUCAGGGUCGUAAAAACUUGAAUGCAGACCAUCGUGUGAAGGCCGGGAACGGCCGCUAUCAAGCACUUCGUCGUACCCUCAAUGGGCAUCAUGUACUUACGGCUCAUAACAGGAUUCGCCUUUGGACAGCCUGUGUGCAGACCAGUGCACACUACUCAUUGACUGCGGUCGGCCUGACCAGCAAAGGUCUUGACAAGCUGACGAAAGCCUCGACCAAACAGCUGCGAGCCGCUCUUAGGCAGCCGGCACACAUCAGCCAUACCACAACAGCACAGAUCUGGCAGCAGGCGGGUCACCCACUUCCUGCUCAACAGCUCGCCCAGAGCCUGGAACAGUAUGUCCUUAAACAACAAGCCCGAGCCACUACUGCACCCGACAUCACCACAAUGCCCCAGGUCCUACAGUAUGCUGAGGAGCAGCUCCGUCAGCUGCAAAUCCUUGCUUCCACUCCUCUGCGGGAGGAGCGAACCGUAGAUGAAGCCUCCGUGCAGACCGUAGCCUGUCCGGAGUGUGGUGAAAGCUUUGCUAGCCUCAAUGGCAUGCGCAUACACAGUCAGCUUGCGCACGGCAGGCUACCGGCACACCCAAAGUGCCCCACUACCUUCGAUGCAGUGGCCCACUCAGUGGGAGGACUCCCAGAAUGCCGUCUCUGUCACAGACGCUUCUUCAGGUAUCAGCAGCUGGUUAAACACAUCAACACAGGAGCAUGUGAAGCCCUCGGAGGUGAAAGCUUCAUUCGCAAACCCGUCGAAGCAGAUGCACUUCAGGUCACGAGUGAGAUGCCACCGGCAACCUCCUCCGACAGCCACACUCUGGACGUGGAAAACAUACCUGAAGAUCAACUGCCCUUAGUGCGUCGACCGUCCUUCAUUCAGAGUGUGCACAGCUGGGCCUCCUGGCCCCUGCAGCCAGGUACCCGCAAGGAUCUUCUUGAGCGCUGUGUUUUGUGCUACAUGAUCGGCUCCGGCAACAUGGCAGGGGAGAACCCAGAGGCCGACAUCUUCCGCUACUGUUUUCCCAGCGGAGCUCCUCCUUCAAGCACUCCGACAACGACCACGGUGUCGGACAUAGCGACACCGGCACCGACCCACGCUCAAUCGAGAUCCAAGCGUCAGCGGCCGGACCAUCAUCAGCGCCCGCAUCCUCCUCGAGGACACCACUUCGCGACCUACCAGCCGAUGUACACCAGCCCUCAGGACCAGAAGAUGAUGGCCAUCACCAAGCUCCUGCUUCAGCACGAAGAUCGCAUCAACUGCCUCAGCCUGGACCGCGGCCUGGUGAUGUUUUUGAAGGAGGACACCCACAGUGUUCUUCCGGCGAUGAUGCGAGCAGCCCGAGAGUGGAACGCUCGCAAAGAUCAGGGCGACGAUCGCCUUGUCUCGCCACUUCGGACCGUGCUCCUGGCGAACCUCAUCAAGGAGUUACAGCAACGACUGCAGCACGUCGUGGCCACUCAGGAGGGGAGGGAUUCCUUGCGGAAAGCCAAAUGGCUGGCAGAGAAUGGGGACUGGCACUACAUGAAGUGGUGCAGGAAGACCAAAACUCUCAUCCCAAACGAGGACCGGACACCGCUGCAACAUACCGAGGCUGUGAGAGUGCUGAGCUUUCUCUACGAGAAUCUGAAGUACGACAUCAUUCAGAACUUCAAAAGCACUCAACGGCUCCAGCACUUGGAGGAUCAGAACCGCACCUCGGCCACGUUUCUGCUGGACAUCUCCUUGAGGGGCUCUCUGGCUCAGGAGGUCUACGAGCACUUCGAGAAGCUGAUCAACUGCUCCCUCACAGGACUCAUCGGAAUGAGUUUGAAAAAGGAGAGCAUGGUUCGGAAGCCAGCGGCCACACAACUGGCCCAACUCAUGUUUGGCAGCUGA